AUCGUGUCCCUGGAGAAACCAAUUAAUCACAGCAACCCACAACUUCCCCCGUGCCACCUUCGUGUAUAAAAUGUCUGCUCUCUUGUCAAAUCUCCCCUCAGCGACCGUUUAUCCGGCGACGAACCACCGUUAUGCUCCGUCUCCUCUGCAUCGCGUCUUUGUUGCUCUCUGCUCAGUUCGCUUUCGUUCACGCGGACGACUCGCAGCGUGUACACAACCCACACUCGCCCAGUGUCCUCAUCGGGCUCUUGGGGCGUAGCUCAAAGUUCGCGCAGAGGCAGUCAGGAUGUCCUACUGGUUAUCAACAGUGUACCAACUUCCCCGACUCUUGUGCCCUUAUUGGCGACUACUGUUGCGACGAACUUGCUAGUUGUCCGAACGGUACUACGUGCUGCGCCAACGACAGUGGGUGCUGCGACCCCGGUUACAGCUGUUGCAAUGACGAAUUUGGUGGUUGCUGCCCUACUGGAUCAAGCUGCACGGUUGGGAUGGAUACCUGCUCUGCUGGUGGCAGCGGUGGAGGUAGCACUGGCGGGGGUAGUAGCGGAGGCAGUAGCGGAGGCUCGUCCGCGUCGGCUACCUUUGUUGCUACCACUUCGUCCCAUGCAGCUUCCCCCACUUUUGCUUCUCCAUCCACCACAUCCGCCACCCAUGCUAUCGCUGGAGGUAGCGGAAGCUCUACUUCCUCUGCUUCGGCUAUCGUGGCCUCCCCAUCUACUACCUCAACUUCUGGAGGAACUACGUCCGGCGGCAGUUCUUCGUCUGGUUCCGGUUUGGGUACGUUCCCUGAGUGAUUGCACACGUAACUGCUCUGCUGACCUAUUUCUCAGUCCCUAACGGUGCUCCCCAUAGCUUCGCAGGGUCAUCUACAUGGCAGGCUGCCGGUCUUGCAGUCAUCGUCGGCGCGUCGCUGUUCGGUAGUGGGUUUUAACAGAACUUGAACAUUCAA